AGGAAGCUCAGAAGCUCAGAAGCUGCGAGAGCACAUGUAGUGGAGGAAGUACAGUCGAGUGGACGUGACCAAGACGAAAAGGCACACGUAGAAGAGAGAGAGAGAGAGAGAGAGAGAAAGAGAGAGGGGACGUGAACGCACCACAGCACUAAACGCAUGUGUGUGCGUGUCGCUCCAUCUGGGUGCCAUCUGUGUCUUCACAUUUGCGGGAAUGCAAACACACGCGUGACACAUGCGGGAGAGGCAAAAAAACAGCGGAUAAGAGCGAAAAAGAAGCCACAAGUGCAGCUUUUGGACGGUCUCUGCAGGAAUCCAGACGUGUGGACUCUACUAGAGAGGAGACAGUGGAGAGAAGAAGAGCCCUGCCAUGCCCGGUUCUCCUGUGGAUGCUAAGACUCAUUCCAGAUCAGCUCCCAGUAGCAGCAGCAGCAGCAGUGCCGCCAUCAUCAUGCCCCCCCUGCCCUCCAUCAACCCCAGCGGCCCCCGCCUGGCCUCCUUCUCCACCACCGCAUUGACCAACGGCAACCACCAUUCGCCGCCGACACUCAACGCCGUGCCGUCGCCGCCUCAGCGCUACAGCAACGGACCUUCGUCAUCGUCGUCAUCUUCGCUGGCCAACCAGCAGUUGCCGGCCACGUGCGGCGCGCGGCAGCUGAGCAAGCUCAAGCGCUUCCUGACCACGCUGCAGCAGUUCGGCAACGAUAUCUCGCCGGAAAUCGGCGAUAGCGUCCGUAGUUUAGUGCUGGCUCUGGUGAACUCAACAGUGACCAUCGAGGAGUUUCACUCGCGGCUUCAGGAGGCCACCAACUUCCCCUUGAGGCCGUUUGUUAUUCCUUUCCUCAAGGCGAACCUACCCCUGCUACAAAGGGAGCUGCUUCACUGCGCACGUGCGGCCAAGCAGACUCCAGCCCAGUAUCUGUCCCAGCACGAGCACCUCCUGCUCAGCACCACCAUGGCCUCCUCUCCGGACUCCUCCGAGCUCCUCAUGGAACCCUCCGACGCCGCCGUCAAGCGGCCCAGCCCGGGCAGGGUCAAGGAGAACGGCUUCCACGAACGGCCGCCCGUGGCCAUGGAGCCAGCCGCCAAACGCAUUUGCACCAUCAGCCCGGCUCCCCGGCACAGCCCCGCGCACCCGCUGCCGCUCAACGCCCAGCUGCACCCGACGCCGCCGCCCCUGCAGCAUUACGCCCUGGACGACAUUGCCGCGCCGCACAUCCUGCACCGCGAGCACAGUCAGCGCAUGUUGGAGCUACGAGAGCUCAAAGAGCGACCCAGGCUGCCAGGCACUAACGGGGGCUACCGCGAGGAGCCGGUGGACCACAGGCUGACUGACAGAGAGUGGGCUGAUGAAUGGAGGCAUCUGGAUCACGUGCUGAACUCCAUCGUGGAUAUGGUGGAAAAGACGCGGCGGUCGGUGAGCGUCUUGCGGCGGUGCCAAGAGUCGGAUCGCGAGGAGCUCAACUACUGGAGGCGGCGCUCCAGCGAGCAGGAGGACGCUCGCAAAGGUGGCUUGGCACCCUUCUCCAAAACGCACAGCCCUCACUCUGCAGAGUCUGAGUCUCAGCGAGACUUUGCCCCACGACCUGGCUCGGCAUACGUCACAGACGAGAUCUGGAGGAAAGCAGAGGAGGCGGUGAACGAGGUGAAGAGGCAGGCCAUGGACGAGGUGCAGAAGGCGGUGGCCGAGGCUGAGCAAAAAGCCUUUGAGAUGAUCACAACCGAGCGGGCCAAGAUGGAAAAGACGCUGGCCGACGCCAAGAGGAAGGCUCAGGAGGACGCCAUCAUGGUUAUCAAUGAGCAAGAGGAUUCCAGUGAGUGCUGCUGGAACUGCGGCCGCAAAGCCAGCGAGACGUGCAGCGGCUGCAACGCGGCGCGCUACUGCGGCUCCUUCUGCCAGCACAAAGACUGGGAGCGGCACCACCUGAUCUGCAGCCCCGGACUUCAAGCUCAGCCCAAACCCGUGUCCGCCAUCUCCGCCGCAAGGGUGGCGGCAGCGGCCGCCGCCGGAGUGUCCCCCACGGUGCUCACGACCUCCGAUGUCGCGACCUCUGCAUCCAGUCCUGGCGGGGAAAAGGUUCCGGUGGCAUCUCGCUCGUCCACCCCUUCGACGCCGGCCUCGGCGCCUGAGACCAAUGGACAUUAGGAGGAAGAUGGUGGCUGAACUUUUUAUUCAGAGUCACUCCAGAAUAGCAGAUGUUCAACCCUAACCCCCAUUGACUCACCUUGGACCAACAGAUCCCAUUGACAGAUGGAAACUUGUUUAUAGUUACCCCCUCCCCUCAAAAAACAAAAAAAACAAAAAAAAAAUCAAGAUGAUGACCCAUCUCCGGUGGCAGGGUGAAAAUGAUUAUAAAACGAGAGAUUAAAAAUAAUGUACACUUUCCUUGAAGCAGCUUUCCUUUCCACUAAUUUUUGUGUAUACAUUUAAAACAGUGGCAGGUGGGUUACGUGUAAUAAAACCAGCCAUGAAGAUUUAGUGGUGUAGAUUUCAAGACAAAACAAUGAUUGUGUGAAUGUGUCAAGUGUUUUUUUUUUCUUUCUUGCCAAGCAAUAUAAUUACACAAAGCGUUCAGGUAUUAAACUGUUUCCGUACCACCAAAGUUAAUUUUAAUGAGGACCUCAGGAAAACAGACAGAAUGAUGUUUCCACCAAGUUAGUACACUUUGGUUUACUUCCCCAAGGUUGGCUUCGGAAAUGCACACACUAACCUCUCCCUUUCAUACACAAUUCUAGCUGCCGUGCGACACAGCUGUAGCUUACAUGUGUUCAAUAACUACAUACACAGCGGACCAGCAAUCGGGUUAGUCCUUCAAUUUAUUGGUGGGCCCUUAAAAGGCAGAUGAUUUUGGCACACGGUGUCAUUGUUGUAGCAGCUCGGCAAAAAGUCCCGGUGACAACUCCUCACGCAGCACAGACAGAUCUCAGGACUCACACAACUUCACGUCCAAUGUUGUACGAGCUACUACUACACACACUUGCUCUCGUUUGUUGUAAGAGUUUGUAAAAAAAAUAAUUAUGCCGUUAUUUUCUUUUAUUUGCCCUGUUUGUCCUUUAAAGGUUUGGUACAAGUCACAUGACAAAAGUUAUAUUGACGCAAGGUACAAAAUAAAGAAAUAGAGCUACUGAA